CCUUCCUCAAGCUGGCCGGGACCCAGCAUCUGGCUCCGCCUCCCCACCAUAGCAGCAAAUAAGAAGCGUCCCCGGCAGUGCGCGGGCCUCAGAGCCGGCUGCACCGCGCAGGGGUCGGGACUCCUGGGUACGCCAGUGCCCGUGCUGUACCCCGUCGGGAUGGAGCCCGGGCCGCGCCGGCGGCGACGCGGGAGCCACCAGGUGGUGGCAGCGUUCCUGCGCGACCCGGGCUCGGGGCGCGUCUACAAGCGCGGGAAGCUGAUUGGCAAGGGCGCCUUCAGCCGCUGCUACAAGCUCACGGACAUGUCCACCAGCACCGUGUUUGCCCUCAAGGUGGUGCCCCGCCGUGGGAGUGGGGCUGGGCAGCUGCGUCCGCUUGGGAAGGUGGAACGCGAGAUUGCCCUGCACAGCAGCCUGCGUCACCGCCACAUCGUGGCCCUCCAUGGACACUUUGCCGACAGCGACUACGUGUACUUGGUGUUGGAGUACUGCAGCCGCCAGUCCCUGGCCCACGUGCUCAGGGCACGACAGACAUUGACAGAGCCCGAGGUGCGUUACUACCUGAGGGGCCUGGUCAGCGGCCUGCGCUACCUGCACCGGCGGCGCAUCGUGCACCGGGACCUGAAGCUAAGUGAGCACCAAGGCAGGGGCCCUGGGGGACCAGAGGACAGGUGCUGCGACCCCAGCCCUCACCUAACGCCCCCCCCCACACCCACAGGUAACUUCUUCCUGAACAAGAACAUGGUGGUGAAGAUUGGAGACCUGGGUCUGGCUGCCAAGCUGGGGCCAGGGGGCCGCUGCCGCAGAGUGCUCUGCGGGACCCCAAACUUCCUGGCCCCCGAGGUCAUCGCCAGGAACGGGCACUCCUGCCAGUCGGACGUCUGGGCUCUGGGCUGCAUCAUGUACACCGUGCUGACCGGCACCCCCCCUUUCAUGGCCGCACCCUUGUCGGAGAUGUACCAGAACAUCCAGGCUGCCCGCUACCCAGAGCCCUCCCACCUCUCACCCACCGCGCGCCGCCUCAUCUCCCGCCUGCUGGCACCCGACCCGGCCGAGCGGCCCAGCCUGGACCUACUGCUGCAGGAUGAUUUCUUCACGCAGGGUUUCAGUCCAGACCGGCUGCCGGCCCGCUGCUGCCACAGUCCGCCCAUCUUCGCCUGCCCCCAGCCCCUGGGCGGGCUGCUCCGGAAGGUGGGCCGACUACUGCUGCCCCAGUGCGGGCCCCCCUGCCCCUUCACCUCCGAAGACGGGCUGGACCCUGACUCCAUGGAGUGGGGCAGCCAGGUAAGAAACCAGUGUCCCUGGCCCCUUCCGAGCCCUUUCCUACAUGCAGGCUCCCCUGAUUCGGCCCUUCUGGACCCCUCCCUCCUGGGACCCUUGGUGCUGGUCCGGAAGCUCGUGCCAGCUCCCCAGGAACCCCCAGGAGAACAGCGGCUCCUGCUCUGGGCCCCCCUGUGGGCGGAUGACUCCAGCAAGUAUGGCUUCGGCUACUGGCUAUCGGACGGAGCCAGCGCUGUCCUGUUUCGGGACGGCACCCACUUGGCAUUGCGUCCCUCCAUUGGCCGAGUAUGCUACGUGCCACACCGGGGACAGCUGGAGAUGUUCGCGCUUAGGGACGUGCCAAGCCCGCUGGGCGCCAAGCUGGCCGUGCUGCGGCUCUUCACCUGCACUAUGCAGAGGCGGCUGUGGGAGCAGGGAAACCUACCCGCAACUUCGCCAGCACCUGAACCCGGCCUCUGCCUGUUGAGCUUCUUUGCAUCCCAGCAGGCACUGCUUCUGCUGUUCAGUGACGGGACCGUGCAGGUCAGCUUUGGCGGGGGCCAGGCUCACAUGGUGCUGAGUGGCCAAGGCGAGGGGCUGUGGCUGACUCGCUGGGAGCAGGGCCCACCGGGUGCCUGUUACUCGCUGGACAGCCUGAGGCGUCACGGCUGCACGCCAGCCACCCGCCAGCAACUGUGCCAUGCGCUGCACCUGCUACAGAGCACCCAAGGCUCCUGAGAGGGCAUCCCGCUUUGGGCAGGGAAGUGCUGGGAGACAGCUCGGAGGGACACUCAGGCCCGGCAGGGACGCCUCAGACAGUCUUGUGCUCUUCCAUUAAA